AUGGCUGACGCUCCGUCGCAGUUCCGCUAUGUCCAGUAUGAGGCUGCGAAGGAGAACGAGUACGUCCCCGCGAUGCGCCAGCUGAUAUCUCAGGAUCUCUCCGAGCCGUACAGCAUCUACGUCUACCGCUACUUUCUCUACGAAUGGGGGGAUCUCUGCUUCAUGGCGAUGGACGAGAAGGAUAAGUUGGUCGGCGUCGUUGUGUCGAAGCUGGAACCGCAUCGUGGCGGGCCGUUGAGAGGAUACAUAGCCAUGCUUGCGGUCCAGGAGGAGCAUAGAGGGAAAGGGAUAGCUACCAAGCUGGUCCGUCUGGCCAUGGACGCCAUGAUAGAGAGGGAUGCGGAUGAGAUUGUCCUAGAAACCGAGAUUACAAAUUCACCAGCCAUGAAGUUGUAUGAGCGCCUGGGAUUUCUCAGGAGCAAGCAACUGCAUCGUUACUAUCUCAAUGGGAAUUCUGCAUUCCGGUUUGUCCUUUACCUGAAGGAAGACGUGGGCAUGAUUCCGACAUCGGAUCCUUACCACGGACAUUCGGAUGGCCUCCCAUUGCAUGAAAACGGCGAGCAUCCAGGCCAUCAUGUCUGUUGA